AUGUCCAGACACGGGGCUAACCUCACAUUUCCAUCAGCCCAAAUUUAUACUUAUAGAGCCAGCGAUGGAGUCACUGAAACAAUGAAGAACUUCGACAAGGAAAACAAGGUCUGGGAGGAAUCUGGGAAACAUAAAUAUAGACAAGAUGCAGAUAUCCUGACAGUGGUGAAGAUCUUACAAGAGAUCCAUGCUCUGAAAGAAAUCCCUGGUCGGACACAUGCGGAUAUUGGAACUGUUCCAAAAGAUCCAAUUUCUGUUCUGAACUUUAGUGACUUAAAUGCAUGGAUAGACAAGCACAAAAAGAGUUGGUCACGAUUGUAA